AUGAGAAUUGCAUACCUGCAGUGGCUAUUUUUGAAUCUAGGGGUGGCGAAAGCCGUAUUGCUACGGUCCAACUUCACGUUGGGAAACGAUUCUUGGUGGGAACAUUUCCAGGCCUACAGUGAUACAAAGCAUCUAAACGAAGAGUGGAUCACCAGCGAGGCCACCGAUGAGGAAGGUGCUAAGAUCUAUGGCGCACAAUGGCGAUUAUCGCAGGGUCGAUUGCGGGGAUCUGAGUGGGAUAAGGGCCUGCUAGUUCGAACAAGCAAUGUCGCUGCUAUGAUUGGACAUGUGUUGGAGACCCCCAUAAAUGUCUUGGAAACUGACACUUUGGUUGUCCAGUACGAAGUAAAGGUGGAAAACUCUCUGACAUGCGGCGGUGCGUUCAUUAAGUUGAUGUCUAAUUUGGUGGAUGUAGAGGCACUGGAGAAUUAUUUGCCAGAUACGAAAGGCGUGGAAAUAGUUUUUGGUCCAGAUUAUUGUGCCCCGGAAACUAACGGUGUGCAGUUUGCCGUCAAUAAGGUUCACAAGAUCACAAACAGAUCUGAGCUGAAAUAUUUACAAGAGACACCUUUAUCAAGAUUUACUGAUACUUCGCAAUCCCAUUUGUAUACGCUAAUAAUAGAUGGAUCCACGCAAUCUUUUGAAAUCCUCAUCGACGGUAAAACAGCCAUGGCAAGAGAACACAUCGAGGACAAGAAAAAGGUCAGUUUCAAGCCACCUAUUGCACCGCCUCUAACGAUACCUGAUGUCUCAGUAACGAAGCCCUAUGAUUGGGAUGAUCGUCUUCGGAUUGCAGACCCUGAGAUCGUGAAACCCGAUGAUUGGAACGAACAAGAACCAUUGAUGAUUCCAGAUCCCAACAGUGCAAAACCAUUAGGAUGGAAUAGCUCCAUCCCUCUAUACAUUCUUGAUCCUGAGGCCCAAGAGCCCUCCUGGUGGGAAGAAUCUAAGCACGGCGAGUGGAUACCACCCAUGAUCAAAAAUCCACUCUGCACUGCAGAACACCGCUGUAACGCGUGGAUGCCAAAGUUCGUAAAGAAUCCCAAGCAUAAAGGCACAUGGAAACGCAGCGCAGUCAUAAAUCCCAAUUACAUGGGAGAAUGGCAUCCACCAGAAAUUGAAAACCCGCUAUACUAUGAAGAGACCCAUCCGUUGCGCAUCGAAAACGAAAUCAAUGGUGUAAUACUCGAAUUUUGGAGUGGAUCUCCUAACAUGUUGAUAAGCAAUAUCUAUGUAGGCAAAAACGUGACAGAGGCGAAGAUCAUUGGGAAUAAGACCUGGGUAAUGAGAGAUCGCGUGUUUAGAGGCCUUGAUGAUCCCACAGGGCGCAAGUUUAUGAACAACAGACUAGGAAAUCUACAAGCAACCCUUCAAAACGAAAGAGAGUCACCUAAUCCCUUCGAUCGCAUCAUAGAUUGCAUGCUACAACAAUUCCCAAAAUAUCUAUUUACUGCCGUUGUGAUGCUUUUGGCAACACUGAUCCUCUAUUAUGUACUAUUGACGUAG